AUUUCCUUGGAUUUUUAACCUCCCAGAUCUUGCUGUUUGUGGUUCUCUCUCCCUUCCUGCAGACUGAAAGCAGUUCAGUUCUUUUUUUACUCCCUUUACUUGUGCCAAACCUUUAUCUGCGGCCUCCAGCAAUGCAAUAUCUCCAUCUUGCCCAACAUCACCACUUUAUUAGCUUAUUUCAAAAUAGUUUAUUUCAAAAUAGUUCAUUUCCAAAGAGCAGCAAGGGAUUUUCCACCCCGCUCUCCUUGAAAAAUCAGUGUUUUUCCCAAGGUAUUUCAUUUGCUUCAUUUUGUCCUUUGAAACAAAGACUCCUUAGGCUUGUAACUGUCCAUUUACAGGAAUCUGCUCUGCAGGAGUUGGCGCAGGAGGCACCACCUGCGAAAGAGCAGAGCGCCCAAAUGGAUGAAGCAGCUGUUAAAUCGGGACUGGGAGGGCAAAGUGAAGAGGAGAAAUCCAAGCCAGAGGAGGGAAGUGAUCGUGGGGAUGAGCCCAACAAUCUGUCAGGAGAGCAUCACCACCACUUGCACCUUUCCAGCUGCCACGAGUGCCUGCAGCUGGAAAACAGCACCAUCGAAUCGGUCAAAUUCGCCUCUGCAGAAAACAUUCCGGAGCUUCCCGAUGAUUCCAGCAGCAAGCUGGAGGAGGAGAGGGAUGGCUGCCUGGAAAGAGGGAUGAAGAGGGUGAACCUUGCUGGGAAGCCCCCGAAUGUGCUGAUUUACCUGGGCUCCCAGGGGGCCAAGGGGAAAUUCGAGCAGGUGAGAUCGAUCCUUCGGGAGUGCGUCGAUGCAGAGAGCUACACCAUCUACCAGCUGCACCAGGAGCAAGUGCUGAGAGACCCCUGGGUCGACAACUCCCUGCUCCUGGUCAUUGCCACGGAGGAGCCCAUUUCUGAGGGGACCCACGAGCAGUUCAUGAAGUUUUUGUCCAAAGGCGGGAAGAUUCUCGGGAUUUCCUCGUCCUUCACGUUCGGCGGCGUUCGGAUCAAGCGGAAGAACAAGCUGAGGAGGACUGUCCACGAACUGGUGGCGUCCACAAAGGACAGCCCUGAGGUGAAGCUGGAUCUGGUGGUCAGUGGCUGUGUUUUCGAGGAAGGGGGGAAGGAAGAGGCUGGCGAAGUGAAGACGUUGUGUCGAUUAAAUAACGCCGAGAAAGACACGGUUAUUGUUCACCUGACUCACGGGGACAGCGGAGGAGAAGCCAUCCUUUCCCAGGCCCACUUGGAGCUGGACAGCAAUUCCAUGGAUGUGCAAACCGAGGAGGAUUUUAACCUGCUGAAGAUGAGCAACAGCAAGAGAUACCAAGUCCUCAAGGAGAUCCUGGUGUCGCUUGGCCUGAGCUGUGAAUCAAGGGAACUCCCUGCCUUAACACCUCUUUACCUGCUCUCUCCUGAUGAGGUAAGUUUUUACCCUGCAAGGCAAAUUCAGUGCCCUCCUAAAUCCUCCUAA